AUGAGGAUCGCAGAAAGCAUUCAUGUUCCAUUUUACGAAGAAAUUCUGCACAGCCCUACAGUCUUGGGCCCCUGUAAUGGCUUACUUUGUCUGGUGGACUAUGGAAUUUAUGGUAAGAUUGCACUUUGGAAUCCAGCAAUUAGAGAAUUCAAGCUUCUGCCUUGGUCCAUCGAGAGUUCAGCUGGUAUGGGAAUUAUGUUCUCCCUUGCGGAGGUUGGAUUUGGUUUUGAUACCAAGAAUAACGACUACAAGGUGAUUGCGUUUCUUUCUUCUUUAGAUGGGGCAAGGACGGUAUGUCGAGCUGAGUUAUACUCUCUUAGGAGUGAAUCCUGGAGAGAGAUCCCUUCUUGGGGAACUAUUGAGGAAUUUAUUUUUGAUUUUAUGCGGUCUAAUGCUUAUUACAUUCAUGGAGUUUGUUAUUGGUUAAUAAAUGGCUUUUAUGUUGAUUCUGGUGCUUGGAUCAUGUCCUUUGACAUGGCUGAUGAAGUGCUUGAGAUUAUGCAGCUGCCGGAUUUUGGUGUUUCUGGACGUACUCACUCUAUCGAGUUUGCAUUUCUUGAUGCAUCUAUUAUUGCUGUUGUUUGCCCGAAUAAUCUGGGAGGAUGCUUUGAUAUAUGGGUUAUGAAUGAACCUGGAGUGAAAGGGUCUUGGGUCAAACGAGAUAGAAUUGCUCCCAUUUCCGGAAUAAAUAGUCUUGUAGGAUUUUGGAAGAGUGGUGAAUUGUGUUUUGAAGAUUCAAGCGACCAGCUGGUCUUGUAUGACUUCUCUACCCAGCAAGUAAAGAAUCUUCUACUCCGUAGUGCUAAAUAUGGCUCGCAAGUUGUAAAUUACGUGGAGAGUCUUGCUCAAAUCAAUGGAAAAUGAGGGAAUGUAGGUGAACCUAUGGCAAUACUGGCUUUUGCUGUAGAAAAGUGGUUAAUUUAAGCUGUAGAUUGAACCACCAGACUUAGCCCCUGAUUUCAUUGGGUUCUUAGACAACUACAAAUGGCUAUGUCAGACCUGUCAAUUGCAAUGGUUUGCAUUGGUAUCUGGCAUGCGAUUGUAUAUACUAUAUAGUAUAUACACAAAUGUAUAGUUAUAUGCAAAAAUCAUCUUGUCUUUUUUGUUUUCUUUGUGCAUUAGUGCAGUUUAAAAGUGGACAUGAGGAACUGGUAAAUUUUAUUUGUUACAAGAUCAGUCGUGAAGUUUUCGGGUGACGAGCAACGAGGUGAGUUUAGGUUGUAUUGCACCAUGUAAGUUGACUUUUUCUUGCUUUGUUUGCUAAGGAAGUUAGUUUUGAUGACUUUUUCCAUUGUCAUCCUCAGAUGUCAUCAUGUCAAGUGCUCUGCAAGUGAAACUUGUCUGCCAUUGGUGUCAAUUAGUGUGAUGAAUGCAAUUCAAGUCCCUUCUUACAUUGUUUAGGUUUUCAAGAUAUGUUAUCUGAUGUUUUUAAGAGGCUGCAACUUUAUUGUCAAAGAUUUUGUUGAACAUGCUUGAGUUUUUGAAUUCUCCAUGUUGUGGUUCAAAUUUUCUUCUCCAUGUCGUGCUUCAUACUGAGCUUGCCUUUGGUGACUUGACUUUAAUACCUAUGUAUUCUAAGUUUCAAUCUUGAAGAAGACCAUUUUUCACAAUGCAAGGCGUUAUUUUAUGUGUACUUGUCCUCAUCAAGCGUCCAUAGUAGCAGAAAUCUUAGUCGCUAGGUUGCUUUUAUUGUCAAUGUGUUUUGGCCGCCAAUGUGAUUUCCAUUUUCUUAAAAUGGGCCAUCUAUUCAAGUUUUUCGUUCCAUACCUGAAAUGCGUCCAUCACACAAGGAUUUGAGAGACUUUAAUGUUUUUGUCGACAUUUGGGAGCAUAGUUAUUACUUCAACCCACUCAAGUAUCAUUCUUGGUAAACCUUGGUAAAAAAAAGUAUUUAGAUGAGAUUGUAAUUAUACAGUUCUUUAUUCAUUUACAAAUUCACUCACAGAUUCCUUUUCUUGUACUUUCUAAAUCUAAAUCCUAGUAUCCUUUGAAUCCAAGAAGCAUUGAAGAACAAAGAUAGUGUACAUGCACUUGGUUUCCUACCUCGGGCCUGCAUUUAGUAAUCCUCACAAAUUCACAAGUUUAGGAAAUCGUCCGUGUUAGUAUACUUUCUUUUGCAAUAGUUAAUUGUUUUCAACCCAGUCAAGUGUCUAGAUGGAAGGGUUUUAUCUAAUCAGAGUUGCUAUUCUUGUCUGCAUGCCAUACUUUAGCCGAUAUCUUUGGAAUGCUUGAAGAUUACUGUUGUUAAUUCAUUUUUGGUUAAUCAGUCUUGUUGAACAUUGUCAGACACUUGGCAAGCUUUGGCGUUUUUUUUGUAUUGAUAUUGAAGAGAUAUUAAGAGCCAAAGAGAACUAUGUACUUCAUUGUUUCGGUGUGUAUAGUUUCGUGGAAUUUUGCUUCAACCUUUUUGCUUUUAUUUGCAUGUUUAUUGAGGAAUUUUGCUUACAACUGCAGGAAAGAAUAAGAUUUGAGUUAUGUUAAAGGGAGGGAAUGGCUGUUAGCGAUACCCGGUGAUUCAGAAGCUGUAGUAGGAUCCCAAAUGUG